CGCGUUCAUGGAAAAUCCUUGAUACGGAGCACUUCCCAUGAAUGGACCCUACGUGGCACGAGUUCGAAUUAGUCGGACUACAAUGCGGAUACCGAAAACCGACUUAAAAAAAAAUGAUGCCUAACAAAGAGAAAACCCCUAUAAAUUUUCUUAUAAAUCUCCCACUCCAUUGCUUGAUCAAUCAAUCAAUCUCCACACACACACACAACAUGAAGAAACUUUCCUUCUUUCUUCUUCUUCUCAUUUUGCUAAUAAUUUCUCAUGUUGACUCCCAAGCACCUCCUCCUCCUCCUCUUCCUCCUCGAGCACCGCUCAUGUGGUAUGUGCUUACAUGGCCACCAACUUAUUGUCUGAACCUAAAAUCUCCAGACAAGUGCAAAGAACCAAUUCCAGAUCGUGAAUUCACACUCCAUGGACUUUGGCCAGCUGAUAAAGAUGGAAAAACAAUUACCUGUGACAUUUCAGUAGAUUUAGAUUGGGUCAAGCUGUUUAAACCAAUUGAAAGUGAGCUUGAAAAAUUCUGGCCAACACUUCUUGAAGGUGUACGCACAUGGGGCAUAUGGAAGCAUGAGUAUCGAAGCCAUGGAAUAUGUGGGGGGCUAGAAGCAGAAGAAUACUUUAAUGCAGCUAUACGUAUCAAUAAUAAGAUUAAAAAGGGAAACUUGUUCUAUUACUUGAAAACAAGUGGUAUUAUUGCGUGUGAGAGCUUGACUUUUACUCGAUAUGAAAUUAUUAAUGCUGUCCAGAAGGUGUUUCCUACUGCGCCGCUGCCUCGUGUUUACCUCAGGUGUCUUCCAAAUAGCAAAGACCCGAAGGUUGGUCACUUGAGUGAAGUUGUCCUGUGCACUGAUUUGGACGGUAAUGGCUUCAUUUCAUGCCCUGAUAUUUCAACAACUUGUGACCCAUAUAACAAGAUUAUGCUCCCUCAAAGCACAACAUCACAAGGACUCCAGGAAGAAAUAGAUGAGACACAUCCUGAGUUUGAACUAUCAUGGGCUAAAUAUAUAUUUAGCAAAUAAAUUAGUAAAAAAGCAGUCCGAUACACUUGAUUUUACUAUGUGCAGAGUUCAAGAAAAAAUCGGAUCAGAAGCAAUUGAGAUUAAUGCCUGGCUUAAAAUAAAUGAGAAGUGAGGGAAUGAAAUAUGAUGUAACUGAUGAUGUGCAAGCAUAAUGUUCACUCACAGUGUGAAAAUAAAUUAUUACCUUGAAUAAAAGAUUUAUUCUACUC